UUGUUCUGGUAAAAAAAAAAAGGCGAGUUUUUGUGUCGGCUGGGUUGUUAUUACUAUGGUGCUUUACGCUGCAGAUUCUCACUUUUAUUUUUAAGUGAAACACUCGUUUAAUAGCAGCAGUGCAAUGCAGACCCUGACUCCUCGCGUGUACUGGGCGCAGAGGCACAAAGAGAUCUACCUGAGGGUUGAGCUGAGUGACGUGCAGGAUCUUGAUGUCAGUAUAAAAGAACAUGUUCUGCAUUUUACAGCACAGGGACAUGGAGCUAAAGGCAGUAAUGAAUAUAAGUUCAGCCUGGAGUUCCUGGAGCCAGUAAAGCAUGAGCCUGUGUUUAAAGCAACGCAGAGAGAAGUAAACAUUACAGUACAGAAAGUGGAAAGUCAGUGGUGGGAAAGACUGACUUGGCAGAUGAAGAAGCCUGUAUUCCUCGCACCAGAUUUUGAUCGCUGGCUCGAUGAAUCAGACGCAGAACUGGAACUUAAAGAAAAGCAAGACCAGAUUACUAAAAUCAGCAUGGAUUCAAGGGUUCCACGUGAUCAUUUCCACAACCUGAAGAGAGGAUACCUGUUCAUGUACAAUCUGGUUCAGUUCCUGGGCUUCUCCUGGAUCUUUGUGAACAUGACAGUGCGGCUCUUCAUCCUGGGCCAAGAUUCCUUCUAUGACACGUUCCACUCGAUUGCAGACAUGAUGUAUUUCUGUCAGAUUCUGGCUGUUGCUGAAGUUGUCAAUCCUGCCAUAGGGCUGGUCAAGACAGGUGUGAUCCCUGCAAUGAUACAGGUUGUUGGGAGGAAUGUAAUACUUUUUGUCAUCUUUGGGAGCCUGGAAGAGAUGCAGAACAAAGCUGUGGUGUUCUUUGUUUUUUAUCUGUGGAGCAUGAUUGAAAUUUUCAGGUAUCCCUUCUACAUGCUGUGCUGCAUCGACACAGAGUGGAAGACCCUCACCUGGCUGCGCUACACCAUCUGGAUACCGAUGUACCCUCUCGGAGUGCUGGCGGAAGCUGUUGCAGUUGUACAGUCUUUAGCUAUCUUUAAUAGAACGAGACUGUUCAGUAUCACCCUGCCGUGGCCUCUCAGGAUGUCGAUCAGCUUUGCAUUGAUCUUGCAGAUCUACCUUGUACUCAUGUUUCUGGGGCUGUUUAUUAAUUUCCGUCAUCUCCUCAAACAAAGGAGAAAGCGAUUCAGAACAAAGAAAAGAAAGACAAACUAAUCCUGCAAACCAUACCGUCAUGAGCUGGAUGCCUUUUUAUGAAAACUAACAAGAGUCUGUACCCCCCCUCCCCCCUCCUGUGUAUAGGAACUGUAGUUUAUAGUAAUGUUUGCAUGUUACCAGUGUUUAAAAUAGAAACUGUAAAUAAUGCAAAAUAAAAUACUGUGCUGU